AUCAACAAAAGAGGAAACUGUGUGCUGAGAGCUACACCCUGAAGAAAGCUGUUUGUGCCGCUACAUGUGGGUUGUAACCCAGCUCCAUUUUAACAUGUACAAGUAUUGCCGAUGUUUUUAAGAAUUUCACCGUGAAAUAUCCAUCUGAAUAAAGGCUUUAAAAUGUUUUGCCAGAAGAGUGCCUUGGACUUUUCUUCUUUUUUGACUUUUGUGUUCCCUACCAAAGAGCACCUUCAUCACACUUGUUUGAACUUCUGAGCACUCCAGACCUUUUCUUUCUGAGGAAGAAGAAGACUAACUACUUCAUUGUAUCACUGGCGUUUGCUGACUUGUUAGUUGCACUGGUGGUGAUGCCCUUCGCUGCAAUCGAGCUGACCACCGGCCAGUGGCGAUACGGAGAGAUCUUUUGCCUAGUUCGAACGUCUCUGGAUGUCCUGUUGACUACAGCAUCCAUCCUGCACCUCUGUUGCAUUGCACUGGACAGGUAUUACGCUAUCUGCUGCCAGCCACUGGUCUACAGACACAAGAUGACCCCGGCCCGAGUGGCAGUGAUGCUCAGCGGCUGCUGGCUCAUCCCUACGUUCAUCUCCUUCCUACCCAUCAUGCAAAGCUGGAACGCCAUCGGCAUCGAGGACAUAAUAGAGGAGAGGCGAGCCUUGACUGGAGGUUCCAACGACACAAGCUGUGUGUUUCUGGUCAACCGACCCUACGCCCUGAUCUGCUCUGCAGUGGCCUUCUAUGUCCCGUUGGCCCUCAUGGUCCUGGCUUACCAACGAAUCUACGUCACCGCCAUGACCCACGUACGGCAGAUAGAGACGCUACAACGUGCUGGCUCAGCUCCCAUGACCGGGACAGCUCCGAUCAUGACUGUGAGGUCCUCCACUUCCUCAGAUCCGUCAGAGCACUACCGCUUUAGAACAACAAUGGGCUCCUCCUCUUCAGAGAAGGCUCCCAUGACAAAUAGCCGCUUGCGUGUUGAGACAAAGGCGGCAAAGACACUGGCAGUUAUAAUGGGGUGUUUUUGCCUAUGCUGGGCACCGUUCUUCAUCACCAACGUGGUGGACCCCUUCAUCCACUACUCAGUGCCCUGGCAGCUGUGGACAGCCUGGUUAUGGCUCGGGUAUAUUAACUCAGGACUGAACCCUUUCCUGUACGCCUUCCUGAACCGGGCGUUUCGGAGGGCGUUUCUGGUGAUUCUCUGCUGUGGGGAUGAGCGGUACGUACGGCAGGGGAGCUACUCCUACGGACACACCCACAGAGUGUGCUCAGCUGCGUCAGUCAACGGGACAUCUAUGGCACUGAGAUUGUCCUUCCUGCCAAACCGGAGCUACAGCGACAACGGACGCACGAUACUGGCCAACGAGCAGGAGUCCCAGGACUCUCUAGGGACACUAUGAGGAUGACUUUGCAGUAGGAGGCCUGCGAUGAUGUCAUCUAAGCAAUGACAGAGGCAGGAUGAUGUCACCUUACUGAUGACGGAGCUGUGAUAUAUUCAGAUGUGGAGGACCUUUGAGACUUCUCUGUGAACAGUCUGCUGUGAUCAGACCUGACUCUUCCAAUUAUGAGGAUGUUGUCUUACCAGGAUAUCCACUCUAUGAUUCAGCUUCAUCAUUACUUUUUUAUAUAUGUUGAUGCUGCGGGGUAAUCCAGAGGUUAGUGGGACUAUUGCUGGGUGCAGAAAGUCAAAUCUGACUCUAAAUUAGCAAAAUUAAGCAUAUAGACUACGUGUGUCCAUGGACAGACACACCACCAAGAUGUUUCCAGGUGCACCCUCAUUUUAAAAUCCAAAGAACUGUUCUGGUCAGUCAAACAUCUGGAUCAUGGGAUGUAAAGAUCAAGUCAGCAGUUUCAAAUCAGAAAAAGGAGCUGACUACUAACCGAACUCUGGCUAUCACAAUGGGAGAUGUCUCCUCUGCUUUUAAACCUCUUUGAUGACAUUCCAUAACAUCUUAAAGCUGGCAUCUUUUUGUGCCAUGUUUGUAAAGGAGAAACAAGUUAGAGCUUACUGCCAGCCGGUCUUACAGGUGACUGCAGGUCCUACUAGAUUACAGUUCACUUUGUUGUAAAACUAUUUGUAUGCUUACAUUUUAUCAGCAUCAAUGAUAUUUAAAGGGGACCUAUUAUGCUCAUUUCCAGCUCUAUAUUUUUGUUUUUGGACUCCACUAGAGUAACUUUGCAUGAUUCACAGUUCAAAAAACUCCUUAUUUAUCUUAAACUGGCCCUUUAUGCAGCCCCUCAGUUUAGCCUCUGAGCCCUCUCUAUUUUGCUUUCCAGAGGCUGCCGAGAGGCAGCCAUAUCAGAGUUGUGUUGAGUUACUGCCGAUGAAAACUCAACAUUUCCUGCUUUACUGCUUCAUAUUAAAAGCGUUUAAAUGACUAAAUAACAGGAAACUUUUAUUGUGAAGAAUUUGCAGGAAAUUAAACGUGUUCAUCACAGGUUGACACAACAAGAUACAGAGAUAUUUGGAGCUAUUUGUUCAGCAGAUGAGAAAUAAUGCAGAGAGGAAUAGUACAAGCAGAAACAGGUACAGUGAUGAUGAUGUUUGAUGAUGAGCUGCAGAAGACCAGCAUACCUCCAAGAGGGUAACAACUUAUUUUACUUUGCUGUGCUGUGUAAUGGAAAAACACUCACAGUAUGCCAGCUCAACUCAAGUCAUCACCCAGCGUGACUACCCCCAAAACAAUGGAAAAAUGCCAUGUUAGUGGAGCGGAGCAGUGAACUUGUGUGCUGUGCGUCAAUCAAAUGACCAUUUAAAGAAAUCUGUCACAAGGUGACAUCCACUAAGGCUGAAAAUAGAAAAAAACGUUCAGCAG